UUUUUUUUGGGCUUUACUAAAAUUCAAACAGUACAGUGAAAAAAUAAAAAGGGCAGUUAAUGGGAAGUCCAAGCUUUUGCCCACCCUCGCACACAUACGGGUCUGAGCGAAGCCACGUACGGUUCGGUGACUUCGUUCUCCCAGGGCCAGAGCCAGAGCAAUCUUCCUCCGACGAUGACGACGAUUCCCCCAAACUAAUCAAUACUCCUGACUCAAAUUAUUCAACGGAAACUCCCCAACACGGCAAAACUAUAGAUUUUUGUGGGCGUACGAUUCAGUUCGUAUCUAGGGUUAUUCGUUCAUGGGGAUGAGGGGUUGGGGAGCGGGGAUCGUCGUGGCGUUGGUGGUGUGGGUUAGGCUAGCGUCCGCUUCCAAGCCGUUUAGGGUUUCGCCGUUUACAGCCGUUUGUCCUGUGGAAUCCGCUUCCGAUUCGAUCCUAAGGUUUCGCAAUCGGAAUUGCCCCUUAAACGGUGAUUCUAGAUCCCUUGGUCUCGUUGCGGCUACCGAGGGAGAUGAGCUUUCACUGCUAUUGGCAUUAAAUAUGGUUCACACGAACAGUCAUCAAUAUGUAGCUGUGCUCUUCUAUGCAUCUUGGUGCCCUUUCUCGAGGACUUUUAGGCCAAUCUUCUCCGUCCUGUCUCUUUUGUAUCCCUCCAUCCCCCAUUAUGCAAUUGAAGAAUCAAACGUCAGGCCUAGCGUACUUUCGAAGUAUGGAGUUCGUGGGUUUCCCACUGUUUUCCUUUUGAACUCCACAAUGCGUGUUCACUAUCUUGGCUCCCGGACCCUUACUUCUCUCAUUGCUUUCUAUGUUGAUGUGACUGGCAUUAAGAUGGCACCAUUGGAUCUAAUAUCCCUGGAAAAAGUUGUAUGUCCAUCAAAUCAUGAGAAGCAUGAUAACACCAAGCAGGAAAGCUGUCCAUUCUCAUGGGCAAGAUCUCCAGAGAAAUUGCUUCAGCAGGAGACAUAUUUAGUUUUGGCCACCGCAUUUGUGCUUCUGAGAUUGCUAUAUUGCUAUCUUCCAACUGUACUUCUAUGUGCUCAAUGUGCUUGGAGAAGACACAUUCGAAAUUUGAGAUUAGGGAGUUUGUGGGAGCAUCCUUUGGCAUAUCUGAAGUGCGCAAUUCAGUUAUUCAAUUCUCUAAAGGAGCCUUGCAAGAGAAGCAAUUUACAGGAAGGAGCAAUGAAUGCCAGGGCAUGGGCCUCCAAGUCCCUAGCGACAGUCUCAAUUGGGGAUGCAGGCACCUGCCGGGGUUUGCCUGGAGGUGAAUGUCACUGAUGUUUCACUAUUACCAGAUCGGAGGGAAAAAAAAAUCACAUAAAGCCUUUGGCUGGCUUCAGAAACUCUUUCCAGGAGCUCCUUUUGUUUUGUUUGGGAUAAUCUUCAUGACACCUGUGAUUACAGUAUUUUCAUGUAGCCAUGUCGACCUUAUCUUGAGGUAGUCAUUCAUCUCGUUAGCUAUACGAUUUAGAUUACAACUUUAAGAUUAGUGAAAAGGGCAGAAAUUUUAGACCUCUAUUUCUGAAUAGUUCAUUUUAAAUUGACUAAACUUCCAAUUGUGUAUCCUAUAAUUGUUUAAAAGCCCGUCUCUUUACCUUUA